CUCCCCACCAGAAAGAAAUAACCUCACACAGAGACGGAGAAAAAAAUUAGACAACCAAAAAAUGGCUGUGGAGCUGAUGGGUUACUCCGCCGAUGGCGGGUUCGCGGCGAAGCUACAGGAGAGUGCGGUGAGGGAAGCGGCAAGCGCCGGGAUUCAGAGCGUGGAGGAGGUCAUUAAGCUGCUCAACCAGCAGCACUUUUACCAGGAGGAAGCUUCCGCAUCCGGCUCCUCUUCUUCUUCCGGCGGCGGCGGCGAUCGGAAUAUCAAGGCGGUUACCGAUUUGGCCGUGAACAAUUUCAGGAAGGUGAUUUCUCUUCUCGGCAAGCCCAAUCGGACCGGCCACGCCAGAUUCAGGAGAGCUCCCGUCUCCGCUUCUAUCAACGCCUCUGUUUCCGUCGCUCCAAAGCAAGAGACGAAGAAGAUCGUUCAGGAUCAGCCGGGGCCGUCCUCUUAUUCUGCGCCAGUGAUUGUUCCUCCGACGGAGCAAGGGUCUGGCUCUGCGUUUAAGGUAUACCAGCCGACCCCGAUUCACCGAUUGCCUCCCUUGCCUGCCAACCACAACAACCACCACCAGAAAGCGGCCGCCGGGGUCCUGGUGGUGAAGGAGAGGAACGAGUUAGUGCCGUCUUCCACCAUCAAUUUCUCGAAUUCACCUUCGAUCUCCGCCGCUACCUCUUUCAUUUCAUCCCUAACAGGGGAUACGGACAGUAUGCAGAGAUCUAUGUCGUCUUCCGGGUUUCAGUUCACCCAUCCCUCUCACGGGAAGCCUCCUUUGUCUUCUUCCUCCCUAAAGAGAAAGUGCAGCUCCAUGGACGACACCGCCGGCCUUAAAUGCGGAUCCUCCUCCGGCCGCUGCCAUUGCUCCAAGAAAAGGAAAUCAAGGAUGAAAAGAGUGGUGAGAGUUCCGGCAAUCAGUAGCAAGAUGGCUGACAUCCCGCCGGACGAGUAUUCGUGGAGAAAAUACGGGCAAAAGCCAAUCAAAGGCUCGCCGCACCCAAGGGGAUAUUACAAGUGUAGCAGCGUGAGGGGGUGUCCGGCCCGGAAACACGUAGAGCGGGCUCUCGACGACCCGAUGAUGCUCAUCGUGACCUACGAAGGAGACCACAAUCACAACCACUCCGGCGUGAACGAGUCGUCGCCGGCGGCUAUUGUUCUGGAAUCGUCUUAAAGGGAAGAGCAGAGAAACAGUUGAGAAAGGACGGAGAAGUCAACUGAAUCAACGCCUGGUGGAGGGAGGGAGGGAGGAAAAUGAUCAAUCAAUGUUCAUUUUCCUUAGGUUGGGAGAUGAAAUCAGGAGCGUUGAUCAUUAAAGUCGGAGAUAGAGAAGAAAAGUGGUGGUGGUGGUGGCAGCAGGGAUAGUCAACGCUCGCAGCAGCAUCGAGAUAGUGGUGGGGGUGGGGCACACCAUGGACGACGGCAAAAACGAAACCAGAGAGAGAAAGAGAGAGAAUUAAUUAUUGAUUGCUUUUUUUCUGGAAAACAAAAAAGCAAAAAAGAAAUACAUAGGAUUCCUCCCUCCCUCUCUUCUCCGUGGAGUGUUCUUCUUUCUUUCCCUGUCAACUUUUCUUUUUUAUUAGUUUUAUUUUGGUUGGAGAUUUUGUGGAUUUGGUGGGUGUUGAGUCAAACAACCUAACUAGUAGUGGGUGGAGUUCGGAGGGUUUUUUAUUUUUUUUAAUUGUUAAAUAUAUAUAUAUAUAAUAUAAUACUUAAAUACAG